AUGCCACCAGUGGAAGUAGUAUUCAGUUGGCCAAAUAGUAUAGAUGAAAUACCUCAAGCUUUAUGGACUUUACGUCACCAAAUUAAAUUAUAUGUAUUAAUCAAAUACUUUUCAGCAAAUGAUAAGGUAUGGGGUUCAUUUUUUUUAGUUAGAGAUUUAUUUAUUAUUUAUUUUAUUUAUUCAAAAUUGUUUGAAAUUCUAACAACUAUUUGGGGUUAUGGUUUGUUUGGAUCAAUUAACAAAUUAUAUAGAUCAAUUAGUUCAUAUAUAUCACCAAAAAUUUUAUCGUUACCAUUUAUAAAGUCAAAAAUUGCUAAAGAAUUAAAUAAUACUAUAACCAAAAUUGAAAAAGAGAUAAUAAAGAAUAGUGACGAUUUAAAACAAUUUAAAGAAUUACCAACAAAUGGAUUAUCAGCCGACGUAGUAGAAUCAGAAUUAAUUAAACUUCAAAACUUAAAACAUUCAGAUUGGAAUAAUGGUAGAGUAAGUGGAGCUGUUUAUCAUGGAGGAAAUGAAUUAUUAAAAUUACAAUCAGAAGCAUAUAAUCAAUAUAGUGUAGCGAAUCAAUUACAUCCAGAUGUUUUUCCAGGUGUUAGAAAAAUGGAAGCAGAAGUAGUUGCAAUGGUUUUAGACAUUUUUAAUGCUCCAAAAACUGGUUGUGGAUCAACAACUUCAGGUGGCACUGAAUCUUUAUUGUUAACUGGUUUAGCUGCUAGAGAAUUUGGAAGAAGAGUUAAAGGUAUUACUAAACCAGAAGUAAUAGCACCAAUUACAAUCCAUGCAGGUAUUGAAAAAGCUUGUUACUAUUUUGGAAUGAAGUUACAUAAAGUUAAUGUAGAUCCAAAAACAUACAAAGUUGACAUAAAAAAAGUUAAGAGACUAAUCAAUAGUAACACAGUAUUACUUUGUGGUUCAGCUCCAAAUUAUCCUCAUGGUAUAAUUGAUGAUAUAGAGGAGUUAUCGAAAUUAGCUGUCAAAUAUAAUAUACCACUACAUGUUGAUGCUUGUUUAGGAUCUUUCAUUGUUUCAUUUUUAGAAUCGUCAAAAGUUCAUGGAGAUAGAAAAUUACCAUUAUUUGAUUUUAGAUUACCAGGAGUUACUUCAAUCUCAUGUGAUACUCAUAAAUAUGGAUUUGCACCAAAAGGAUCCUCAAUAAUAAUGUAUAGAUCUCCAGAAUUAAGAAAAUAUCAAUACUAUAUAUCCAGCGAUUGGACUGGUGGUAUGUAUGGAUCUCCAACAUUAGCUGGAUCAAGACCUGGUGCACUAAUGGUUGGUUGUUGGGCAACUUUAGUUAAUAUAGGUAAAGAUGGCUAUAGAGAAAGUUGUUAUUCAAUAGUAUCAGCAACAAUGCAAUUAAAAAAAGAAAUUGAAAAAAAUCCAAUAUUAUCAAAAUAUUUAGAAGUAAUAGGAGAUCCACUAGGUUCAGUAAUUGCAUUCAAAGUUAAAUCAAGUCAACAAAAAAACUUAUCAAUUUAUGAACUAAGCGAUUUAUUGAGUAAGAAAGGAUGGCAUUUUGCAACAUUACAAAAUCCUGCUGCCUUACAUUUUGCACUUACAAGAUUAACUGUACCAGUACUUGAUGAAUUGAUUGCGGAUCUUGUCUCAUCUACUGAAGAAGCAAUUGAAUUAACACAUAAACAUGGUAGCAAAACUGGUGAUACAGCUGCAAUGUAUGGUAUAGCAGGAAGUAUACAUACUGCUGGUAUAGCUGAUAGAGUAAUUGUAGCAUUUUUAGAUACAUUAUAUAAGACCUAA